UGCGCUGCUGCCGCGCAUUCGCAGCUCCCUAGCGGCUAGAGGGGGAACCAGCACAGGGGAUGGAGAGAGUAAGGUUGCGCGAGUGGGAGGAACCCACCUCGGUAGCCCGGGAAAUCCCGUCCGUGCCACCGCCCCCAACUUUGUGGCGCCCUCAAGCAGCGGCUGCAAGGAUGGAGCUGCCUCCCCGCGGCCGGGCGCCUCUGGACUCGCCGGUGGACAGCGCCUCCCUGACCUCACUGGAAUCCAGCGUCUUCUGUAGCGAGGGCGAAGGGGAGCCCCUGGCUCUCGGGGACAGUUUCACGGUCAACGUGGGUGGCAGCCGCUUCGUGCUCUCGCAGCAGGCGCUGUCCUGCUUCCCGCACACGCGCCUUGGCAAGCUAGCCGUGGUGGUGGCCUCGUGCCGGCGCCCCGGGUCCCUGGCCGCCGUGCCCAGCCCCCUGGAGCUCUGUGACGACGCCAAUCCCGUGGACAACGAGUACUUCUUCGACCGGAGCUCGCAAGCAUUCCGCUACGUCCUGCACUACUAUCGCACCGGCCGCCUGCAUGUCAUGGAGCAGCUGUGCGCGCUCUCCUUCCUCCAGGAGAUCCAGUACUGGGGCAUCGACGAGCUCAGCAUUGACUCCUGCUGCAGGGACAGAUACUUUCGAAGAAAGGAGCUGAGUGAAACUUUAGACUUUAAGAAGGACACAGAAGACCAGGAAAGUCAACAUGAGAGCGAACAGGACUUUUCACAAGGACCUUGCCCCACUGUCCGCCAGAAGCUCUGGAACAUUCUGGAGAAGCCUGGGUCUUCCACCGCUGCCCGAAUCUUUGGCGUCAUCUCGAUCAUCUUCGUGGCAGUGUCCAUCGUCAACAUGGCCCUGAUGUCAGCCGAGUUAAGCUGGCUGGACCUGCAGCUGCUGGAAAUCCUGGAGUAUGUGUGCAUUAGCUGGUUCACCGGGGAGUUUGUCCUGCGCUUCCUGUGCGUGCGGGACAGGUGCCGCUUCCUGAGAAAGGUGCCAAACAUCAUAGACCUCCUUGCCAUCUUGCCCUUCUACAUCACUCUUCUGGUAGAAAGCCUGAGUGGGAGCCAGACUACACAGGAGCUGGAAAACGUGGGGCGCAUCGUCCAGGUUUUGAGGCUGCUCAGGGCUCUGCGCAUGCUCAAACUGGGCAGGCAUUCCACAGGUUUACGCUCACUUGGAAUGACCAUCACCCAGUGUUAUGAAGAAGUUGGCCUGCUGCUCCUAUUUCUGUCUGUGGGAAUUUCUAUAUUUUCAACUGUGGAAUAUUUUGCUGAGCAGAGCAUUCCCGACACAACCUUCACAAGUGUCCCUUGUGCAUGGUGGUGGGCCACGACGUCCAUGACUACUGUGGGAUACGGGGACAUUAGACCAGACACCACCACGGGCAAAAUUGUGGCCUUCAUGUGCAUCUUAUCGGGCAUCCUGGUCCUGGCCUUGCCUAUUGCUAUUAUUAACGACCGCUUCUCUGCUUGCUACUUCACCUUAAAGCUCAAGGAAGCAGCUGUUAGACAGCGCGAGGCUCUGAAGAAGCUCACCAAGAAUAUAGCCACUGACUCAUAUAUCAGUGUUAACCUGAGAGAUGUGUAUGCCCGGAGUAUCAUGGAGAUGCUUCGAUUAAAGGGCAGAGAAAGAGCAAGUACUAGGAGCAGUGGAGGAGAUGAUUUCUGGUUUUGAAUUCACUUUUGGUUUACUUACAAACACUUGUGUAAAACUAACUUGGUUGAUAAAGCCUUGAUGUGGAGGUCUGUGUACUGCUGAUGAGUGUCUUUCCAUUACUGCUUGUGUUCAUUGUUGUGGACCCCUUGCUUGGUCUACUGGGAUAGUUUACAUCCCCUGACAACAGCACAUCUGGCGGGACACAUUCUCAAAAAUAGCCAUUUAACAUAACCCAAUACAACUAGGCCAAUAUACACGUGUCUGACUUGUCAAAUAUAAAAUAAUAUUGCAUACAUACAAAAACGGCUAAAAGGUUAAUGUAUCACUAAUUUUUAAAGAUUUUUGUAUUUUUAAAAGAUGUAAGUUAAACCACCUUGCCCAGAGAAAAAAUAAAAGUGAACAUUUAAGAACACACUGAACAACUUGCUAUUUAAAGAUACUCCAAGUAAAUAAAUUACUCCUUUCUCCAGUUAAAGCUGUUGAAUAUAAUAAUUAGCUUUGCAAGAGAAAAUCCUGAUUUGAUGGUCAUAUGUCCCUGUCUUUCCUCUGGUGCAUUUCACGGGCCACAAAUGGACUGAGCUCUGCAUCCCGUCAUUACUGUUGGAGGUGGGAAUCCCCAGACUGCUUAGACCGCAGGGAGUGCUACCCAAAGGCUUGCAGAAUCACACAUCUUCAUCCUUCCCACUGAGUGUACAUGUGGAGCAUAAAGGAGACUCUCAGUUCUCCAUGGAAGCUGAUGGUCUUUAACAAUCUCUUUAUUGAUACAGUGUUCAAGUUAUGUCUUUAAAAUCAUGAAUUUGUAAGUAAAGGUGAAGUAGUGAACAUCCUAAAUGUAUACACUGAAAUUAUUAAAUAGUCUUAUUUCAUAAUAUCAGUAUGAUAUGUUGAUUGACACCACCAGAUAAACUUAAGGAUCUUUUAUUUGUUAACAAAAAAAUUCUAUGGCUAGCUUUCUGACUGCUGGGGUAAAUAGCAAAUGUUCAAACUUCACAUGAAUUUUGACAGCCAUUCAUGGUAAUAAUAAAAUUCCUAGUCAGUCUGUUAUAUAAUUAAAGCUAAUAGCUCUAAACCUAA